GCGGCAGCCAUGGAUAUUAUCUUCCUUUCCAUUUCCCUCUCUAUGCUAUCUAUCUUUCUUGCCUUCAUCUUUCUUCUUCGACCACCUCGCCAAAACCUUCCACCAACCCCAUUUUUUUCUCUUCCAAUUAUUGGUCAUCUCCAUCUCAUCAGACACCCUCUCCAUCGAAUCCUUCACAACCUCUCCAAAACCUAUGGACAUGUCUUCUCCCUCCGAUUCGGUUCACGGAUCGUUGUAGUUGUAUCAUCGCCUUCGGUCGUACAAGAAUGCUUUACAAAGAACGAUAUUGUUCUUGCAAAUCGCCCAUUGUUGGGCACCGGAAAGCACUUAGCAUACAACCAUACCACCAUGGCCGUCGCCCCUUAUGGCGAUCACUGGCGAAACCUUCGUCGAAUCGGUGCCCUCGAGAUUUUCUCUACGAGUCGGCUAAAUCUAUUCUUGGGAAUUCGAGAGGACGAAGUUAAACGCUUGAUGCUUAGAUUACGUGGGAGUUCGUCAGAAGAAUUCACUCUAGUCGAGCCCGAGACCAUGUUCUUAGAUCUUAUGUACAAUGUUAUUAUGAGAAUGGUGGCGGGGAAUAAGCCUUACGAACACGAUAAGGGACGAUCGAGGGAAUUUAGAGAGCUCGUGACAAAGAUUAUGGCGGUUGGUGGGACAACAAAUCCAGGAGACUUCAUACCAAUAUUGAAUUGGAUUGAUCCCACAGGUUUGGAGAAGAAGAUUAUGAAGCUUGGACGGAAAAUGGAUGAACUUCUUCAAGAAUUAGUUGAUGGGAUAAGAUAUCAAAAGGGUGCAGGAAACACUAUGAUUGAUCGCUUACUUCAUUUGCAAAAAACUGAGCCUCAAAAUCAUACCGACCAAAUUAUCAAAGGCCUAAUACAAAUCACAUUAAUAGCAGGGAUUGACACAACAGCGGUAACCUUAGAAUGGGCGCUCUCACAUCUACUCAACAAUCCAGAGGUUUUGGAGAAAGCAAAAGUCGAGAUAGACAGUUCCAUUGGACAAGAGCGUCUAGUCAACGAAGCCGAUUUGUCGAGUUUGAACUACCUGCAAGGAAUAAUUUCGGAGACUCUAAGGUUGACCCCAGCAGCUCCUUUGCUAGUGCCACAUUGCGCUUCUAAAGACACUAAAAUUGGAGGGUAUGAUGUACCACGUGAGACGAUUGUAUUGAUUAAUGCUUGGGCUAUUCAUAGAGAUCCAAGCCUUUGGGAAGAUGCCACCCGUUUUAAGCCUGAAAGGCAUGCAAACCCUAUUGGAAUUGACUCAUAUAAAUUUCUACCAUUUGGGUUGGGGAGGAGAGCCUGCCCUGGAGUAGGAAUAGCUCAACGAAUGGCUACCUUAACUUUGGGAAUGUUGAUUCAAUGCUUUGAGUGGGAAAGAGAGGGCAGCUCGUUGGUUGAUAUGAGUGAAGGUGAAGGGGUUACUAUGCCCAAAGCUCAACGAUUGGUAGCAAAGUGUAAACCACGUCCGAUCAUGAAAACCAUUUUUAACGAAGCAGUUCUAUCACAAUAUCCGAAAAGAAUGUGAUUGUCAACCCAAAUUUUCAUGGUUAUUCUUGUAUUAGUUAUUUCAUUGUUCUUGGUUAUUCUUGUAUUAGUUAUUUCAUUGUUCUUGAGGUUUACGAACUCUUGAGAGGUUAUAUGUCCAAAAAUUUUGUAGUGUUUAAAUCG